AUGGUUCUGGAGGAAAUCAAACCGGAGAGCCUAAAUGGCUCAAAUCCUUUUCUUAAAUUUGUUAAAGAUCAACAUAUUGUUGAAAUCCCUGUUUUGCGCUUAGAAUCUGGAAUUGAAGUUCGUAAUGUUGCGGUUGCUUACAAGUCCUGGGGCAGCUUGAAUGAAACAAAGGAUAACGUUGUUGUUGUAUGUCAUGGACUGACCGGCGCUUGCGACAUUACAAGUUGGUGGGCCCCGCUUUUUGGCAAUGGUAGGGUACUUGACCCAUCUAGGAGUUUUAUUAUAUGUUUAAAUUCAUUAGGUUCACCAUAUGGUUCUUUUUCACCCUUAUCAAUAGACGCUGUCACCGGUCUGCCAUAUGGCCCUGAAUUCCCUCUAUGUACCGUCAGAGACGAUGUUGCCGCCCAUAAACUUGUUUUAGAUUCACUGGGAGUGAAUUCUAUCGCAUUUGUGAUCGGAGGUUCUAUGGGCGGCAUGCUUGCUCUGGAGUGGGCUGCGACUUAUGGUUCAGAAUACGUACAGCAUGUGAUUGCUUUGGCGACAACUGCACAGAGUUCGGCAUGGUGCAUGGCUUGGUCUGAGUUACAAAGGCAAAGCAUCUACAGUGACCAAAAGUACCGUGGUGGCUAUUAUUCACAGGAUGAUCCGCCGGUUAGUGGAUUGGCAAGUGCUCGUAUUUCGGGCUUAAUGACUUAUCGCACGAGGGAUAGCUUUGAGAGCAGAUUCUCUCGUUCAACACCAUCAACUGUUGAAGGGCGACCCCCACCGUUAUGUGAGAAGGAUGGCCGUACUUCAUUGAGGGGCCAUAGUUAUGCUAUUCACAAUGAUGGGUUAACUUCAUCUUCGAGACCAGAAGCAGAAAAUGAAAUCUCGCCCCAAAGCAGCGAUGACUCUCUGAAAUUAAAGUACUCUACAUCUUCGGCGACAUUGGUUUCAUCCCAGAACUCGCUAAAGGAACAGAUUUCAUGUAAUGAUAUACAGACAUAUUUCUCCGUUCAGUCGUACUUGCGUUAUCAAGGUUCUAAAUUUGUAAAGCGGUUCGAUGCCAACUGUUAUAUUGCGUUAACACGGAAGAUGGAUACUCAUGAUCUUGCUCGAGAUCGCCCAGAAUAUAAUGGAGAUAUCAGUAAGGCUCUAAGGUCACUCAGUCAGCCAGUUUUAGUAAUCGGUAUUCAUUCAGAUUGUCUUUUUCCUUACCAAGAACAAGAACUACUAGCGAAGAAUAUUCUAAAAUGUAGACUAGAAAAAAUCGUUUCUUCAGAUGGCCAUGAUGCAUAUUUACUAGAAUCCCCAUUAAUCAACUCCAUUGUACUUGAUUUUCUGCAGAAGCAUUUGAAAGAUAAAUCUACUGUUGUAGCUCAGCCAUGGGAGCAAAGUACGGAAAGUAUUGGAAAUAGCGAGUUCGUAUUUGGAGUGGAUGAAGAUUGA